AUGAAGGGACUCUUCAAGCCAAAGCCUCGGACUCCCAUGGAGCUUGUGCUCCAAGCACGUGACCUUCUCAUCUUUCUUGAUCACAAUACCGAAACUCGAGAGCGCAAGCGCGAGGAAAAGAUUCUGGAGAUAAGGAUAGUUUUGUUUGGGAAUGGACAAGCAGAACCUAAUCCUGAUGCUUGUGCACAUUUAGCUCAGGAGUUCUUUAAAGAGGAUACGUUGCGCCUUCUCAUUGUUUGUCUUCCAAAACUAGACUUGGGGGCACGUCAGAAUGCUACUCAUGUUAUAGCAAAUUUGCAGAGGCAACGAGUUAGUGGGCGGUUGAUUGCUUCCGAUUAUGAAGAUGGUGACAUUGCUCUAACUUAUGGUGCAAUUUCGAGGGAGUGCAUUCGUCAUCAGAUUGUCGCAAGAUUUGUUCCUGACCAGUAUGUAUUGGGAUCAGAGCACAUGAAGAAAUUUUUUACUUAUAUACAGAUUCCAAAUUUUGACAUUGCCUCAGAUGCUCAGGCGACUUUUAAAGUUAAGAGUAUGAUCACUGACCCACUGCCACAUGCAACAUUUACACAGGAGCUCCUGACAAGGCAUAAAUCAACUGUUGCUGAAUUUCUUUCUGCAAAUUAUGACUGGGAGAGGUUCGAACUCAAGACCUCUUGGGAAAGGGGGAUACUAAUGUCAGUUGAGCUACAAACCCCCAGAAAACGAGAGCCUUUUAAGCUUUCAUCUGAAAAUGAUGGCAAUGUGAAAAGGAGGCUUCUAACUGCUCAGAACAGACUGUACUUGAGACCUUGGAUUGGCAGUUGUUGUACUUCUCUCGUUCAUCCCCUACAUUUUUUCCAAGAAUACAAUUCACAAUUGCUAGAAUCUCCCAGUUACAUAACCAGACGGCACGCUGUCAAGCUGUUGGGAGACAUGUUACUUGACCGCUCAAAUUCUGCUGUGAUGGUUCGGUAUGUGAGUUCAUUGGACAACAUGAGGAUUUUGAUGAACCUUUUCAGGGAUGAACAAUUUGAAGCUGACAAAUCUCAAGUCAUCAAAGAGAUUGCCACUCUAGAAAUCAUCAGUAAUCGCUCGUGCACAGAUGCAGAUAAUUGUGAGGUUGAAUCUUAA